CAUUUAGUAGGUGGGACUAAGUCUUACGGCCGCUUGGGCUUAAUAUCACACUCGACCAUUUUUUCAACUUUUACUCCCUUUUUUUUUCCAUUACCUUUUUCCUUUCUCUGGAAACUUUCUCAAUCUCUCUUUGUAUUCUAUGCUUCAUGGGCUCCGAAGGAUCCAGGGUGGUUGUUCCUCGGAAUUUUAGAUUAUUGGAAGAGCUCGAGAGAGGUGAAAAAGGGAUAGGGGAUGGAACUGUCAGCUAUGGCAUGGACGACCCAGAUGAUUUAUUAAUGCAAUCUUGGACUGGGACCAUUAUAGGUCCACCUAAUACUGUUCAUGAAGGGAGAAUCUACCAAUUGAAGCUAUUUUGUGGAAAGGAUUAUCCGGAUAAUCCUCCAGCUGUUAGAUUCCAAAGUAGGAUAAACAUGACCUGUGUCAAUCCUGAAACUGGAGUGGUUGAAAAGAACCUGCUUCCCAUGCUUGCCAAAUGGCAAAGGGAAUAUACAAUGGAGGACAUAUUGACACAACUGAAGAAAGAAAUGAUGUCGUCACAUAAUAGGAAACUUGCUCAGCCUCCUGAAGGAAAUGAAGAGGGAAGGACGGAACAAAAGGGGCUAGUCUUGAAAUGUUGUAUUCUUUGAUUCAGGUUUCCCCUUGGGUGGAAAGCUUGCGGCUAAGGAGGUGUGGACUGCUCUUGAGGAGAAAUUUAAAACAAGAAUCGACAAAUGACGAGGCUUGGUCCUUUCUAAAGAGGGUAGGCUUACUCUUGCUCUGUCGGUUCUUCAAAGCUUACCGUGCUACUUCUCCUUAGUGAAGGCUUCAAAGUGUUAUAUUUCUCACUUGGAGAAGCUUGUUCGUGACUUUGGAGCAGAGGAAUUAGUAAUUCGGCUUACCCAUCUUGUUAAUUGGAAGUGGACCUCUCUCUCUACUAUUUAUGGAGUCUUGGGAAUUGGCUCUCUUAGUCAGAAAAAUAGUACUCUCUUGAUGAAGUGGCUUUGGAGAUUUUGCCACAAAGAAAAUGCCCUUUGGAGGAAGGUGAUUAGUGCUAUUUAUGGUGUGGAUGAGCACGGGUGGAGCUCCAUUGAGCCAAGAGACAAAAGAAGCUUUAGAUUAUGGAAUGGUAUUUUAAAAGAAAAAUAUCAACGUUUUUCCUUUACCGACUUUGUGGUCGCUGAUGGGAGACACAUAACCUCUUGCAACUCUGUACCAUGAUAUCUAUAUUAUCUCCCUCUGUUCAAUCUUAUUUGCAAACCAAAAAUUCCUAGAAAAUGAAGUUUUUCCUUUGGUCCCUUGCUUACAGAAACCUCAACACUCAUGACAAGCUCCAAAGGAGGUUUCGUAAUUGGUCUCUUUCCCUUUCCAUGUGUCUUCUUUGCCAGAAGGAGGUCGAGACCUUAGACCAUUUAUUCUUACAUGGCUGGUUCACUUCCAAAGGGUGGAGUAGGAUUUAUAUACUUUUGGGUUGGAUGGUUGUCUCCCCAUGAGGAUUGACUAUUGCAUGAUGGCUUGGAUGGUGGCAACUUUGUGUGAAAGGAACAAUCUUGUGGAGUUGUACUACCCACGCGCUUUUUGUGGCAUCUUUGGAACGGAAGGAAUAGUAGGGCGUUUCAGGAUAAGUUUUGUUCUUUUGAUUCUUUUUGGGCUCUUCUGUCUUGGUGGUGUACAAAUUACAGUUAUUUGUAAUUAUAGGCUUCUCAUGAGUACAUUGUUUAUGAAAGAUGUCCUGUCUUGUUUGUCUAGAUUUCCAAGGCCAUAUAGAUGAGUGAAAGAGUACUUGAUUUCAUACCAUAACAGGUGGAUGUGGGAUCCACAUUUAGUGACAAUCAAUUUCCUACAUACGGAUUUACCCUGUCAUACCUUAAUCAAUUUAUUUUGUUCCUAGA